AUGGCACCCAAAACUCGCCAUGGCCUCCCAGAAAUCUCUUUGUGUGAGGUUCCGCUAGAGCAGAGCCCAAGUUCCAGUCAUGAGGAGGACGUUUUUUCCGACCUGUCAGCCAGCAUCCCGAGCCUGCAACAGCUGUCAUCGGGCGCCAGAGCAGCUACUAGGGCGGAGCGAAAGAUGUCGCUCCUCACAUGCUGUAAACUUUACCCAAAGGCCAUCGCAUGGUCAGUCGUCGUGUCGUCGACAAUCAUUAUGGAAGGCUACGACACGACGCUUCUCGUCAGUUUCUUUACAUUCCCGGGCUUCAAACAGAAAUAUGGAGCCCCGGAUCCAUCUCAUCCCGGAAACUUUGAAAUUCCGUCUCAAUGGCAAUCGGGCCUGACCUCUGCAGCCGUGGUAGGCCAAAUUAUCGGGUUGUUUAUGAACGGCUUCCUUGCGGACCGGUUUGGCUAUCGCUGGACGAUACUGGUGGCGUUGCUCUCUUUGUGUUUCUUUAUAUUUUUGCCUUUCUUUGCCGUGAACGUUCAGAUGUUCUUAGCUGGCCAGGUUCUAUGCGGAAUUCCGUGGGGAAUCUUUCAGACCUUGGCCACAACGUAUGCGGCAGAGAUUAUGCCAGUUGCACUUCGGGCAUAUAUUCUGAGCAGUGUAAACAUGUGUUGGCUGAUUGGGCAACUCUGUGCCGUUGGAGUAAUUCGCAGCCAAACAGGCAAUCAAUCGGAGUGGGCGUACCGCUUGCCACUUGCCUUGCAGUGGGCCUUGGCCGUUCCGAUUAUGAUCGGAGUGUAUUUCGCACCCGAGUCCCCAGGUAUGACCUCUCCUGAAUGGAUUUCUCAGUUAUGGAAUCUUACACUACAAUUAGGAUGGCUGAUUCGCAAAGAGCGGCCCGAGGAAGCCAGAAAAACAUUGCUACGUCUUACAACGGCACACGAAGCCGGUUGCAACAUUGACGAGAUAGUCGCGAUGAUGAUACAUACCAAUGAAACAGAGAAAUAUCUGGGCAGUGGUCAAAUGACAUACUUGGACUGCUUUAAAGGGAUCAAUCUCCGACGGACGGAGAUUGCCUGCAUGAUUUGGGUCACCCAGCAAGCUUCGUUCUCCAGCUCGGGGACUUACGCAGCAUAUUUCUAUGAACAAGCUGGUCUCAGCGUUCAAAAUUCAUUCACGCUUGCCAUCGGUAUGUAUGGCAUAGCUAUAGUUGGCGUGAUCCUGUCGUGGUUAUGGAUGAGGCGAGCCGGGCGUCGUAGGAUCUACCUCAUUGGCCUCGCGGCCUCGAUGGCUAUUCUCGCGGUUGCGGGUGGCAUUGCAUUCCUACCUACAACAGAUGCUCAGUCAUGGGCUCUUGGAGGCCUGAUUACCCUCCUCACAUUCAUAUAUGACCUCAGCAUUGGGCCUAUAUGUUAUGUCCUCGUUGCAGAGAUCCCUUGCACCCGGCUGCGAGUCAAGACUGUGGUCCUGGCCCGUAUCGUUUAUAAUGUGGCUUCGAUCGUUACCAACGUUAUUACCCCACGAAUGCUGAAUCCUACAGCCUGGAAUUGGAAGGGCAAGUCGUGCUUCUUCUUUUUGGGGUUUAGCGCCGUGUGUUUCAUAUGGUGCUAUCUGCGACUCCCUGAGACAUUCGGGUUGAGUUACUUGGAAAUUGAUAUCCUGUUUGAAAAGAAGGCUAAAACUAGCAAAUUCCGAGAACUUCAACGGAACCUAGCCAGAAGAGGGUAUUUCAGUGUCCCAGAUGAGCUUCAAAAACAGCCUGCCGUGUGGUGA